AUGGUUUCUGAAAUUGUCCCUGAGAAGCGCCACAAAACAAGGGCUUUCCUUCUACUACCAAUGUGCUUUAACGUCGGAGUUAUCAUUGGACCUCUGCUAACAGGCUUCAUGGCCGAUCCCGUUCGCACUCUCCCUGGAAUCUUUGGUCCAGGUUCUCUCCUUGGCGGAGAAAAGGGCGUGCAAUGGCUCGAGAAAUUCCCUUACGCCCUGCCAAACCUCUUCUGCUUCUCCAUCCUCAUGUCAGCUUUUUUCCUAGUCAUUCUUGGACUCGAUGAAACGCACUCGCAGCUUCGACAUCGCCCUGAUCCUGGACGUAGACUCGGAAAGCUUCUUCUACAAAUCAUUCUUCGUCGAAAAAAAGACGCGCAUCUUUACAGCUCUAUCAACACUGAAGAACUGAUGGAUCAUGAUGCUGAUCAAGAAUCUGGGGGAACUUCAAGACCUGCUAAAGCGUACAGCAAGACUCGUCCUCCAUUUAGAGACGUGUUGACCAAGAACGUCUGUCUUAAUAUGCUACAGCGCUUCCUACAAUCCAUCCACGUCUCAGCCUUCAACUCCAUUCUUUUCAGUCUUCUGCCCACUCCUAAAGCAGACUCUACAGAUUUCCAUCUACCCUUCCGUUUCACCGGUGGUCUGGGUCUGUCAAGCGAGAGAAUGGGUUUAGCCAACACGAUUAUCGGGACGAUCGGCAUCCCGCUUCAACUCUUCAUCUACCCCAGACUCAUUGGCAAGCUUGGCGUUAAGGCUUCAUACAGUGCUUUCCUUCCACUAAGCAUUAUCGCAUACUUCCUUCUGCCAUACCUGGUUCUGUUGCCAGAUAAUACCGCUCUGGUGUGGACUUGUCUAUCUGCGGUUCUGAGUCUGCAGGUACUGUCUCGAACAUUUGUGAACCCUGCUACUAUGCUACUUGUCAAUGAUUCAGCGCCGAGUCCGAAUUUAUUGGGCACAGUGCAUGGUUUGGCUUCGAGUAUUUCGAGUGCUGCUCGGAUUAUGGGGCCUACUGUUGGUGGAACAUUGCUUGGAUGGGGUCUUGCUCAUAAUCUUGUUGGACUGCCAUUAUGGGUCUUGACGAUUUUGGCAUCGGCUAAUUGGGUUAUCCUGUGGUGGAUUGAAGAUGUGAACAUGUCCGAAUGA